AUGCAGCACAGCAAAUCACCAACUCCGCAAUCGGCGGGGCCUCAGUCCUGGGAGGGUCCAGAUGAGUUCACGAUAGACGAUCUGGAGAAAGGAAUUUCUCCAAUGGAACACAAUUCUUCAUUCGACCCGUCAAUUUCUGAUUUUUAUCUUUUUGACCACAAUGCCCAACUCCAUGCAUCUUCCCAUGAUGGACUGUCCGCACUGCAGCGAUUUCCCUAUGACCAGAACUUCAGCAGCGGUUCUCAGGAAUCGUUGCAAUCCAGCCAAUACCUGCCAGCAGGACAAAUCGCAUGGUCUGCCCACAAUGAGCAGUGGCUGCAGAACAUCGACGACCCGUCAAGCGAACUGCAGCCUGGCUCUUCAUAUGAGUCAUUAGGUUUACACUCUCCUCCACCUGCCGCAUGGGAAAACCCCAAUCAAAAUAUGAGCAGCGAGCACAUGUGGCCCUCGCAGACAAGCCUACAGAGCACUUAUCCAAUCAGCCCAACCUAUCGUGGUCUCCCGAGGAGAAGAAGUCGGUAUCAUAUCAAAAGAACUGGAUCAAGCGUUACUCCUACCUUUAUCCCAAACCCAUCGAGUGCUCUUGAUCCUAUGCAGCGUUGGCAGGAAUCGCCACCGGAGGAUGAGCCAGCAUCGUUGUCUGCGAUUAUGGACACUUUGAAAAGCUCACGAUCAAGCAAUUCUCCAUCGAGCACUCGCGAUUUCCAUGGGUCCGAUCAGUUCAGAGGAUUCCGUCAAGCAAGAUCAACAACCAGCUCGCAAAGCAGCGCCCACAGUGUUUCAUCGCACCAUUCUGUCACUUCCAGCCGGUCCGAAACUUCGAGACAGUCGCAGGAUCCAUUGACGGCUCCGAUUAAGCGGUCUGGUGGACGUGUACGCAAAGGGAGCAGCAAGAAGCCCAAUCAGUCCAAGGAUAAGAGCCGUAGGUUUUGCUGUACCUUUUGUUGCGACCAAUUCAGGACGAAAUACGACUGGGCACGACAUGAGAAAUCGCUUCAUUUGAACCUUGAGAGUUGGAUAUGUGCACCACAUGGGGCUUCUGUACUGUCGCCUUUGACUGGAAGGAAACACUGCGCAUACUGUAACAUGCUGGAACCAAAGCCGGAACACCUCGAUGAACACAACUACGACGCAUGUCUGGGUGGCACACGCACAUUCCGCCGCAAGGACCAUUUAGUACAGCAUCUACGGCUCACACACUACCUUGAGACCAUGCCGUUGAUAGACGACUGGAAAACACAAGCUCCCCAAGUGACAUCACGCUGUGGAUUCUGCGACAGACGACUAUCCUCCUGGGAAGAUCGUGUUGAGCAUCUAGCCAGUCACUUCCGCAACGGGUCGACGAUGGAAGAUUGGCAGGGAGAGCAUGACUUUCCGCCGGAAAUCGCGAUGCAUGUUACAAAUGCCUUGCCGCCUUAUUACAUCGGGUCAGAUUCUCGCUGUCUCGUUCCUUUCUCCGUCACGGAUAUCCAUGCAAAGGACCAUGUGGAUCAGAUCUCAUCACGGGCGGCCCUAACUGAGAAUAACAGUCCACAUGAAGAGACCCAAAUAUCACCAUCGGAACAGACAGCUCAUAACCCGCUAGCAUCGUUGAUGGAAGUAUUAGCCACACAUCUCGGUCGGUUUACACGACAAAAGAUAGACCAAGGGAUCAUUCCUACAGAUGAGAUGCUCCAGCAAGAGUCGAGACGAAUUGUCUACGGCUGCGAAGACUCAUGGAAUCAGACAAUCUUCGAUAAUCCCGAGUGGCUUGCUGCAUUUCGCCGUCAGCACAUUGAGCAGCCAAAUGCUGAAAUAGAUGAGCAGGCGCUGUCUACACUUAAUGGUCUUUCAAUCGCGCAACCUUGA